GCUCGGCACUGUAAGCUCCUACGGCUUCAUCUGGCAAGAGGGAGUUUGCUCUGGCACAGAGCUAAAUAUUAUUAAGACUGUGUGUGUGUGUGUGCGUGCGCCUGUGUGUGUGUGUGAUCCUGAGGGGGGGGGGAGUGGGACAGAGAGGAGGAGUUUGUACAGCCAAGCUGUUCCAAAGAUCCAGGGAAGGGGAAAAGGGAAAAAAAGAAAAACCCCACAACAAGUUGUUGCUGAAAGAGAGAGGAAGCUGGAAACGAGGGGAUCGUAUGGGCUGGGCAGGAACGGCUGAGUGUUUGGGGACCGAUUGCUGCCCAGCACCCCAGAGGAACAACAGCCACAGAGGCACCAGAAGAAUGCAGCUGACCAAGCCCGGGAAGGUGUCUGAGCCACACAGCUUCAAAGAGAAGGUGUUCAAGAAGAAGAAAAAGGCAUGCGUGGUGUGCAAAGAAUCCAUCGAGUCCCAGGGCCUUGUUUGCAAAGUGUGCAAAGUGGCAAGUCACAAGAAAUGCGAAGGCAAGGUCCCAUCCUCCUGCCAGCCACCUCCUCCACCCGAACUGAGACGGAAUACAGCCCCAGUCCGGCGCAUCGAGCAUUUGGGUUCCACCAAGUCCCUCAACACUGCAAAACAACGUAACACACUGCCCAGGAGCUUCAGUCUGGACCACGUGAUGGAACGCAAGUAUGAUUUUGACCUCACUUACAUCACCGAGCGCAUCAUCUCGGUCUUCUUUCCCCCUGCCUUGGAGGAGCAGCGUUACCGUGGCAACCUCAGGGAGGUGGCUCAGAUGCUGAAAUCCAAGCAUGAGGACAAAUACAUGCUCUUCAACCUGUCAGAGAAACGGCAUGACAUCAUCCGGCUGAACCCCAAGGUUCAGGAUUUUGGCUGGCCAGACCUCCAUGCUCCACCACUGGACAAAAUCUGCUCCAUUUGCAAAGCCAUGGAAACCUGGCUGAAUUCAGACUCACAGCAUGUGGUUGUGCUACACUGCAAGGGCAACAAAGGAAAAACUGGUGUGAUCGUGGCGGCCUACAUGUACUAUAGCAAAAUCUCUGCAAGUGCGGACCAAGCCCUCAGCACGCUAACCAUGCGCAAGUUCUGUGAGGACAAGGUGGCAGCCUCAUUGCAGCCCUCGCAGAAGAGGUGA